CUUCUUUCGAUCUUUGUCCUUGGAACCCAAAGCGACAUUCUUGGGAAGUUUCUCAUUCUCUGCGGCGCCCACUGAUCUCUGCUUCUUUCACGGGAUCUACUUCCACUUUUCCUUUCUUCUUUCCUGGGUCCAGUUCUUAUGCCAAAGGGGUUCUCUUGUCGUCGCGCCAGUCCUUCAGAUGCGACAGUUGCUCAGUUGGAAGGAAAAGGAAGACGCUUUCUUGAGUAUGUUGUCAAACUUCUUCCAUGAAUACGAUCCCCUGAUUUAAUCAUGACUUUUCUGUCUGGGAAUCAUCCGUUAUCGGUAGUUACCGUUGAUAUCAUCGGGCUCAGAAUGAACUGCUCCUUCCAGAAUGCGGCGUGUGGGUAUAGUCUACAAGAGUGAUGGCAUUACCCUGCUUGCGAGUUGUUUGCAAGAGAAAUCUGCUUAAACUUGUUGACUUGCGGAGUGUGAAGCUUGUUGGGAUAUGCCCGUCCUCGAAAAUAGCUGGUACACCAGAUGAGAGGAAAAUAGCUCAUGCAAUGUAUUCCGCCUUUCCAGUUUUAAAUAAUGUAGCCGAUGACAUAGGAAAAGUGACACUGGCCCAAGACUUGGCCAGUAUUAUCGAUGAAUCUUCUAUUCUUGAAGAGAGAAAGCCUAGAGGCCGCAUGGAGCUCAAAAGAUUUCUUGAACUCCGUAUAAAGAAGAGGGUUAAGAAGCAAUAUGUGGAUGGGAAGUUCCAUUUUCUCAUGGAAAACGUUAUUGCCAACCCAGAAACUCUUGAAGAUGCUUACGGUUGCAUAAUACUCAACUCGAAUAUUGAUAUCUCGAUGACUAAACCCAACAUGUCUUUUGCAUCCACAGCUAAGGAGCUCCAUUCAGGGAGUUUUGAUGUCAAGGCAAAUACUUACUCCGUCUCGACACGGGGUGUACAGAAAGAAGUUCUUGUCCUUCCGAAUUUGAAGCUGAGAGCUGUUCAAGAAGCUAUCAGGAUAGUCCUGGAAGUUGUUUAUAGGCCUCAUUUUUCCAAGAUAUCACAUGGUUGUCGAAGUGGUAGAAGUCAUUCCACAGCACUAAAAUAUAUAUGCAAGGAGAUUUCAAACCCUGACUGGUGGUUUACAUUGCAUUUGAACAAGAAAAUGGAUGCUUCAAAUUUUGCCCAACUGGUCUCGAUUAUGGAAGAGAAGAUUGAAGAUCCUUACUUAUGUACCUUCAUCCUAGGCAUGUUUGAGGCGCAUGUGCUGAAUUUGGAGUUUGGGGGCUUCCCAAAAGGUCAUGGUCUACCCCAAGAAGGUAUUUUGUCCCCUAUAUUGAUCAAUAUUUAUCUUGACCUAUUUGACCGCGAAUUUUUUAAAUUAUCGAUGAAAUAUGAAGCUCUUAGUUCUGGUUCUGACGCUCAUCAAAGUGGAUCCCCUUCAACAUUGCGCCGUUGGUUUCAAAGACAGAUGAAAGCAAGUGAAGUAAAGGACAUUAUCAAUGGAAAAUCUGAAGCAAGUGAAGCAAAGAACACUGUUAAUGGAAAAUCUGACAUAAGAGUUUAUUGUUGUCGCAUUAUGGAUGAAAUAUUGUGUGCCGUUUCUGGAUCGGAAGACAUUGCCACUAAUCUAAUGCAUGAGAUUAUCAGUUAUAUGCAGAAUACUUUACACCUGGAAGCUAAUAGUCCAUCUGGAGUUUUACCAUGCAAUGGACCUCAUGGAAUUCGCUUUCUGGGUCUUCUGAUUACAAGAAGAGUGAAGGAAAGUCCGGCAGUGAGAGCCGUUCACAAGUUAAAAGAUAAGGUCAAGCUUUUUGCUUUGCAGAAGGAAACUGCUUGGAAUGCUGGGACAAUUCGAAUUGGACAAAAGUGGUUGGCUCAUGGCUUGAAAAAGGUUAAAGAGUCGGAAAUCAGGAAUUUGGCUGAUAGAAGUUCAGUUUUAAGCCAGAUAUCUUGCUACCGGAAAGCUGGUAUGGAAACGGAUCACUGGUACAAGCUCUUGUUGAAAAUAUGGAUGCAAAAUGUGAAUGCCAAAUCUGCAGAAAGUGAGGAGAUAAUUUUAUCUAGUUAUGUCGCUGAACCUUCUCUGCCUAAAGAAUUGAUCGACAGUUUCUGUGAAUUCCAAAAGCGCGUGGAUGAGUAUGUGGCUUCUGAGACAGCUUCCACUCUUGCUCUUUUGCCCGAGUCUUCCACUCCUGUCAUUACUACAGAGAUUAAUGCACCUGUUCAUGUCAUAGAAAAGCAUCUUUUACGAUAUGAGGUGACAAACUCAAGGGGAUAUGCACGUUCAGCAACUGCACUUAUAUUGCAAGACAGUGACAAAAUUAUUGAUUGGUUUUCAGGCAUUGUUCGCCGUUGCCUUAGAUGGUUUAGUGAGUGCAGCAACUUUAACGAGCUAAAGCUGAUAGUUUGCGAUCAUGCAAGAAAAUCUUGCAUCCGCACUCUGGCAUCCAAAUACCGGAUGCAUGAAGAUGAGGUAGAAAAACGAUUUGAUGCAGAUUUAGGAAGAAUUCCCUCAACCCAAGAGUGGGAUCAAGAUGUGGCAAAUGAACCAUCAGAUUCCCAUGUCUUUGAAAAUGAUGAGGCCUUAAUGUAUGGAAUUCUACAUUCUGGCACCUGUUUGCUAUCUCUAGCAAGAAUAACCAGCCAGUCACGACCUUGCAACUGUUUUGUUAUGGGUUGCUCAUCUAGCGCACGAAGUGUCUACACCCUUAAUGUGAUGGAAAGGCAGAAAUUUCCAGGAUGGAAGACAGGUUUCUCUGGUUGCAUCCACCCCAGCUUGAAUAAGAGACGGGUUGGGUUGUGUGAUGAACACUUAAGCGACUUAUAUCUGGGUCGUAUUUCUCUUCAAGCUAUCGAGUUUGGAGCAUGGAAAGUGGGUUUUCAACGAAUUGACAGGGAUAAUAUCGGAGAAGAAUAGCUAAGGGUACCACUGAAUGAUCAAGGAAGCAG